AAAGAUUGUCCCCUCCUCCCACCCGUAACCUCCUCCCUUCGCCUCUCUCCCUCGCGAGCUUGCAAACAUCUUUUCCCCGCCCCCUUUUCUAUUUCUGAACAGGCAUGUUCCGGGCAGCUCAUCCGACUCCUUAGAUUACUAUGGGAUCGGUAGGGUCCUGAGCGUUGGAGAAGCAGGAAAGCGUAUCCUGGGAAGAAGGGCUUGGCUUGGGCUCAGGAGAAGAAUACUACAUCGAGACCUGCUGGGGAAUUUUAUUUUAUUUUAUUUUAUUUUAUCUUUUUGGUCUUGGUUGUACUGAGGGAGGAAGAGGAGGUUGUGUGGCCCGGUCGAACUUGUGGCAGCCUGAAGGCCCACUCAGGCGGCACCGCGGGCAGCCCCGCAGCCGGGGCCUGGUGCAGCCGCUGCGGCCGCUGUCAGGGAAGCGCAGGCGGCCAAUGGAACCCGGGAGCGGUCGCUGCUGCUGAGGCGGCGGUGUCGGCAGUCCGACCGCGACUGCCCGCACCCCCUCCGCUGGGGUCCCCCAGAGGAUCAACUAAACCUUGAACUAAGAAGAAAAAUGUGUUGUGAACAGGGGGAGCCUCAGCUGCCUCAGGCCGUUCAGGACAGAAGGGUGUUUCUGAAGGCCGGAGCAAGUUUUGAAGAAGUCCCUAUCAGAUUACACUUGGUUGACUACUCCGGAGCAGCCACUAGGAGGGAUGAACAGGCCUGCGUGGAAAUUGAAUGAGAUUAGUUGGGUCCACACUCCAUGAGAAUGCUGAACACCAUGCAAAGCAGCAAAUUGAGAUUCCUUGAUUUGGGGAAGAGAUUUGGGAGGAACCCUUCAAUAAUUGGCAUGGGACAAGAGGGGACCCAGUCCAAGUGUAUUUGGGACCCGCAGUAGGGAGGAACAAUUCAGAGAGAGCUUGGAAGCUCGAAGUCUGGCUGUGGCCAUGGGAGAUACAGUAGUGGAACCUGCCCCCCUGAAGCCAACUUCUGAGCCCACUUCUGGCCCACCAGGGAAUAAUGGGGGGUCCCUGCUAAGUGUCAUCACGGAGGGGGUCGGGGAAUUAUCAGUGAUUGACCCUGAGGUGGCCCAGAAGGCCUGCCAGCAGGUGUUGGAGAAGGUCAAGCUUUUGCAUGGAGGCGUGGCAGUCUCUAGCAGAGGCACCCCACUGGAGUUGGUCAAUGGGGAUGGUGUGGACAGUGAGAUCCGUUGCCUAGAUGAUCCACCUGCCCAGAUCAGGGAGGAGGAAGAUGAGAUGGGGACCACGGUGGCCUCAGGCACAGCCAAAGGAGCAAGAAGACGGCGGCAGAACAACUCAGCUAAACAGUCUUGGCUCCUGAGGCUGUUUGAGUCAAAACUGUUUGACAUCUCCAUGGCCAUUUCAUACCUGUAUAACUCCAAGGAGCCUGGAGUACAAGCCUACAUCGGCAACCGGCUCUUCUGCUUCCGCAAUGAGGACGUGGACUUCUAUCUACCCCAGUUACUUAACAUGUACAUCCACAUGGAUGAGGACGUGGGUGAUGCCAUUAAGCCCUACAUAGUCCACCGUUGCCGCCAGAGCAUUAACUUUUCCCUCCAGUGUGCCCUGUUGCUUGGGGCCUACUCUUCAGACAUGCACAUUUCCACUCAGCGACACUCCCGUGGGACCAAGCUACGGAAGCUGAUCCUCUCAGAUGAGCUAAAGCCAGCUCACAGGAAGAGGGAGCUGCCCUCCUUGAGCCCGGCCCCUGACACAGGGCUAUCUCCCUCCAAAAGGACUCACCAGCGCUCUAAGUCAGAUGCCACUGCCAGCAUAAGUCUCAGCAGCAACUUGAAACGAACAGCCAGCAACCCUAAAGUGGAGAAUGAGGAUGAGGAGCUCUCCUCCAGCACCGAGAGUAUUGAUAAUUCAUUCAGUUCCCCCGUUCGACUGGCUCCUGAGAGAGAAUUCAUCAAGUCCCUGAUGGCGAUCGGCAAGCGGCUGGCCACACUCCCCACCAAAGAGCAGAAGACACAGAGGCUGAUCUCAGAGCUCUCCCUGCUCAACCAUAAGCUCCCUGCCCGAGUCUGGCUGCCCACUGCUGGCUUUGACCACCACGUGGUCCGUGUACCCCACACACAGGCUGUUGUCCUCAACUCCAAGGACAAGGCUCCCUACCUGAUUUAUGUGGAAGUCCUUGAAUGUGAAAACUUUGACACCACCAGUGUCCCUGCCCGAAUCCCUGAGAACCGAAUUCGGAGUACGAGGUCUGUAGAGAAUUUGCCCGAAUGUGGUAUUACCCAUGAGCAGCGAGCUGGCAGCUUCAGCACUGUGCCCAACUAUGACAACGAUGAUGAGGCCUGGUCGGUGGAUGACAUAGGCGAGCUGCAAGUGGAGCUCCCCGAAGUGCACACCAACAGCUGUGACAACAUCUCCCAGUUCUCUGUGGACAGCAUCACUAGCCAGGAGAGCAAGGAGCCUGUGUACAUUGCAGCAGGGGACAUCCGCCGCCGCCUUUCGGAACAGCUGGCUCAUACCCCAACAGCCUUCAAACGAGACCCAGAAGAUCCUUCUGCAGUUGCUCUCAAAGAGCCCUGGCAGGAGAAAGUACGGCGGAUCAGAGAGGGCUCGCCCUAUGGCCAUCUCCCCAAUUGGAGGCUCCUGUCAGUCAUUGUCAAGUGUGGGGAUGACCUUCGGCAAGAGCUUCUAGCCUUUCAGGUGUUGAAGCAACUGCAGUCCAUUUGGGAACAGGAGCGAGUGCCCCUUUGGAUCAAGCCAUACAAGAUUCUUGUGAUUUCGGCUGAUAGUGGCAUGAUUGAACCAGUGGUCAACGCUGUGUCCAUCCAUCAGGUGAAGAAACAGUCACAGCUCUCCUUGCUCGAUUACUUUCUACAGGAGCAUGGCAGUUACACCACUGAGGCAUUCCUCAGUGCCCAGCGAAAUUUUGUGCAAAGUUGUGCUGGGUACUGCUUGGUCUGCUACCUGCUGCAAGUCAAGGACAGACACAAUGGGAACAUCCUUUUGGACGCAGAAGGACACAUCAUCCACAUCGACUUUGGCUUCAUCCUCUCCAGCUCACCCCGAAAUCUGGGCUUUGAGACAUCAGCCUUUAAGCUGACCACAGAGUUUGUGGAUGUGAUGGGCGGCCUGGAUGGCGACAUGUUCAACUACUAUAAGAUGCUGAUGCUGCAAGGGCUGAUUGCCGCUCGGAAACACAUGGACAAGGUGGUGCAGAUCGUGGAGAUCAUGCAGCAAGGUUCUCAGCUUCCUUGCUUCCAUGGCUCCAGCACCAUUCGAAACCUCAAAGAGAGGUUCCACAUGAGCAUGACUGAGGAGCAGCUGCAGCUGCUGGUGGAGCAGAUGGUGGAUGGCAGUAUGCGGUCUAUCACCACCAAACUCUAUGACGGCUUCCAGUACCUCACCAACGGCAUCAUGUGACACGCUCCUCAGCCCAGGAGUGCUGGGGGGUCCAGGGCACCCUCCCUAGAGGGCCCUUGUCUGAGAAACCCCAAACCAGGAAACCCCACCUACCCAACCAUCCAACCAAGGGAAAUGGAAGGCAAGAAACACGAAGGAUCAUGUGGUAACUGCGGGAGCUUGCCAGGGGGUGGGACAGCCAGCUGUGGGGUCCAGACUUGCUGGGGCUUCCCUGCCCCUCCUGCUCUGUGUCAGUAUUACCACCGGACAGACUCCAGGACUCGCUGCCCUCCAGGAAACAGAGGCGACGAAUGUGAGGGAUGCCGGGGCCUUUCUUCUCCUAAUAGGGGUUUGAGAGGUUCUUUCCACAGGCCAUCCUCUUAUUCCGUUCUGGGGCCCAGGAAGCGGGGAAGAGUAGGUUCUCGGUACUUAGGACUUGAUCCUGUGGUUGGCCACUGGCCAUGCUGCUGCCCAGCUCUACCCCUCCCAGGGACCGACCCCUGGCCUGAGCUCCCCUUGCUGGCGGGCGCUGCGUGGGCCCUGCACUUGCUGAGGUUCCCCAUUAUGGGCAAGGAAGGGAAUUCCCACAGCCCUCCAGUGUUCUGAGGGUGCUGGCCUAGCCACGGGGAAUUCCCUACCCUGACUCCUUCCCCAAACCCAGGGAAAAGAGCUCUCAAUUUUUUAUUUUUAAUUUUUGUUUGAAAUAAAGUCCUUAGUUAGCCACUUGUGUCAUUUCCAGGUUUUUUGGGGGUAGAUGGGUGAUGAGGUAUGAACAGAUGCCUCAAUGUCCAAGAUACAAAAGGCACCACACAGAAAGAGGUCUGCUUUUUCCCUGCCUGUCUUGGUCACCACCACCUCUUCCCUGAGAAGAAAGGGCCUUCCAUGUUCUCUCACCCGCUUCAAGUCCACAUUGUCCAAGUCACAGAAAAAGAGAGGCCUGAAUGGAGAUUAGACCAAAAACAGUUUUAAUGGUCUGGUUUUCUCCCUAGUUCCCCCACUGUUAGUAUUAUUACUACAAGAAUAAAGGAUUCCUGAGA